CCAUCAGCCAGCCCGCACUAGAUCACUAACCCUCCCUUUUUUACUUCUUGUCAUUCUCUUAUACGAACAUCUACUCGCGGGAAGUCCGCCACCAGCGUAAUCAAAAUAAUUGCAGUACAGGCCUGAAGGGCUCUACCGCUGUCCUUCCUAUGGCUUCUAUCUAGCGAACUAUUUCACAUUCCUCCCACACCCACGUCCACCUGCGCAGACUCGGGAUAUCGUCGCACGACGCUCGAGAGCAUUGCACACCUCACACAAUUCACACACGAUGCCAGAAGGAACAUCCAGGCCACGAUGGGUGCUUCAUAUCCAGGCCCAAUUCUGGCGCGUCCUAAUGGGCAUCGGAAUGAUGCUCCAUAAACUCGCCAGGCCACUCCCUCCCAAGCCUGCCUUCUCCCGAUAUAUCGAUGCGACCGUCUCCCCGCUCAAGGGUAAAAUCCGACUCCAAUUCUAUACGCCGAAAGGUUACAAGGCGAGCAAGAAGCUCAAGGCCGCUAAGAGAUAUCCUGUUGUCAUAAAUUUCCAUGGAGGGGGUUUCGUCUUGGGCACUGCGAGGGACGAUGCGCGGUGGGCAGGUACUGUUGUAGACCAGGUCGGCGCCGUGGUCGUCAGCGUCGACUAUCGUCUUGCGCCAGAAUACCCAUUCCCCACGGCCGUUGAGGACGGUGCAGACGUGAUCCUAUGGCUGGCGCAGAACGCGGAGGAAUUGUACCUCGACUCGGACCGUUUCGCGAUAUCUGGUUUCUCCUCUGGCGGCAACAUGUCGUUCACCGUGCCACUCUGUCUCCAGGGCGAACUCCUCGACCGCUCACCCUCCGGCGCCAAAAUCCAAGACGGACGAGCAGGAAGCGUACCUCCCCAGGUCCUCAGCCAGCAGAUCCAAAACGUCCACACAGUCAACUCCGCCAUCUCCAACACCUCCCUCCCUCACCCAGCAGGAUCCCGCCUUCCUCUCGUCCCCCAGAAGUCCCGCCUCGACAUCUCCCCCACCUCCUCGCGGCUACCCCUCGUCCGCCAAAAGUCCCGCCUCGACCGCAUCGCGAUGCUCCGCCAAACUGGCGCGUCCUCCCUCUCCCUCGUCUCCUCCUACAAAGAAAACGGCGCCGUGUCCGUCAUCACCGAGGGGUCCUCCCACCUCGCCAAGAUCCGCGGCAUCGUCUCCUUCUACCCACCGACCGACUACACGCAGACCCGUGAGCAACGCCGCGCAACCUGCGCCCGCACCGACCAGCAACUCCCCGCCGUCUUCACCCAGCUCUUCGACGACUCCUACCUGCAACCGCCCGCCCUCGACCUCGCGCACCCCUGGCUCUCCCCCGGCGUCGCGCCCACCGAGAUGCUGAAGGCCCUGCCCGACGACAUCGUCAUCUUCUGCUGCGAGUGGGACAUGCUGCUCGCCGAGGGCGAGCGCUUCCGCGACAAGCUCAAGUACGAUCUCGGCAAGCGCGUGCAUUACCACUGCGUCCCUGGGGUUCCGCACGCGUGGGACAAGGCGCCGAAUCCGCUGCGGGAGAGCCCCGGCGCGAGGGAGCAGUAUAUGGUGGCGUGUCGGGAGCUCAAGCGCAUGUUUGAGAUCGAGGACGACGAUGCGAAGUCUGGGGAUGAGGUGUAGAUCUGAUGUGCUUUUGCAUGGUGUGGUAGGGGGUUUAUCUAGGGGGGUUGUCUUUUUUUGUUUUCGGUUCGUUGAUUGGCAUGCGCAUGGCUACGUACUAUUUCAUCUGGGUCAUCGGCGUUUUCCCCAUUUCCUCCCAGGGGGGGUUAUCUUUCUCAGUCGCUUUUAUUCGGUUCAGAGGUUCACAAAAACGUCAUCUAUUUACCUUUUCUUACCCCACAUGCGUAGGGAUAUGGGGAAAGGGGCAAGAGGGGGAAAGUGUAUCUCCCCCUGAGGUUUCUCUUCCACAUAUUCGUUUCUUCUUUUUUUCUUGGGGCGUUCUACUACUACGAGGUAUAUACAUAGACGCAGAUGGCAUCCCGGACAGCAUACGUGCAUGCAUUGGAUGGUAAACAGCGUCAUCGUCAUCGUCGUCGUCGGAUCGAGAAAUGAAAAAGGAGAUUCAAAAGUGC